UUUGCCUUAUACUGGUUCUGUGAUUGGUCUCUUGUUUCAACAGUCUUUGGUUUGUGUUUUUUUAUUCGAGUGGCUUUAUUUAAAACUGGGUUGAUAUACGUUACCAAGAAAUGGUGGAGAGUGAUCGAAGAUUGUUUUCAUGUUUAUCAAUUCUUCAAGGUUCCAGAAUUCAACGAAAACAUGCAAGAGAAUCAGCUGUAUCGCAAAGUCUAUGUUUAUUUAAAUUCUUUAACAUCCAUUGAAGACUCAGAUUUCACCAACCUUUUCACCGGAAAAAAGUCCAACGAAAUCAUCCUCGGCCUCGAUCCUAACCAAAUCAUCGAAGAUGAUUUUCUUGGAGCUCGGGUUUUUUGGAUAAACCAAGAAAAGAAUGAUACAAAUGCUUGCAGAACCUUCGUCUUGAAGGUAAGAAAAGCUGAUAAACGAAGAAUUCUGCGUCCCUAUCUCCAACACAUACACACUGUAUCCGAUGAGCUCGACCAGAAGAAGAAGGAUUUGAGACUCUACGUAAAUAUCCAAAAUCAUCAUAGCCAAGAGGGACGGUGGAGAUCUAUCCCCUUCACUCACCCUUCAACUUUCGAGACGAUUGCCAUGGAGUCUGAUCUCAAAAACAAGGUAAAAUCUGAUCUUGAGUCAUUCCUUAAAGCCAAACAAUUCUAUCAUCGACUAGGCCGUGUUUGGAAACGAAGUUUCCUGUUAUACGGUCCUUCAGGUACAGGAAAAUCAAGCUUUGUGGCAGCCAUGGCUAAAUUUUUAUGCUACGAUGUGUACGACAUCGAUCUUUCAAGAGUCUCAGAUGAUUCAGAUCUCAAAAUGCUUUUGUUGCAAACAAAAAGCAAGUCUGUGAUCCUAAUCGAGGAUCUUGAUCGGUUUUUGGCUAAUAAAUCAACGGCGGUGAGCUUAUCUGGGGUAUUAAACUUUAUGGACGGAAUAUUAAAUUCUUGCUGUCUGGAAGAAAGAGUUAUGGUCUUUACAAUGAACGGUAAAGAGCUUAUCGACCCGGCUAUGCUUCGGCCUGGACGCAUAGAUGUUCACAUUCAUUUUCCAUUAUGUGAUUUCUCAGCUUUUAAAACAUUAGCAAAUAGUUAUUUGGGACUUAAAGAUCAUAAAUUGUUUCCCCAAGUAGAGGAGGUUUUUCAAAGUGGGGCAAGUUUAAGUCCAGCAGAGAUUGGUGAGUUGAUGAUAGCCAACAGAAACUCGCCUAGUCGAGCCCUGAAAUCGGUAAUCACGGCUUUGCAAACAGACGGUGAUGGCAGGGGGUCUUCCAAUAUCGGACGGCGAUUGUAUGAUAGUUGGUCGAGGAAAUCAUUGGAUGAAACGGGUGAUUCUAGUUCGAUGUUUAGGGAAAAUACUGUGAAGGAAUUUAAAAAGUUGUACGGUUUGUUAAGGAUUAAGAGCAGUAGAAAAGCUCAAUCGUGUGAUUUGUCUGAUGGGCAAAAGGAAGGCUGAUCAUGCGGUGGAUAUUUGGGGUCACGUGUUUCAAUUGUCAAUUGUAAAUCGAGAAAUGUGGAUGAAAUGUAUCCAAUGAUGCUCUGGCAAAAGGGGGAGAAUUAUACAGGGCAAAAGUUUAGCAUAUAGUUGAUAUUCUGUCCUUGUUGCUUUAAUGUUUUGUUGGUAGCUAAUAUUCAGAAAUAGAUUUUGUUGUAAUUAUUAUUCUGUAUUCAA